GUGAUUGAUGAGUAGAAAUAUGAGAAUAGUUAGUAAUGGUUGUAGAAUGCGGAUCAUUAAUAACCCCACAAUAUGUACUCCAAAGGAAUAAAAAGGUUAUUCAAUUCAAGAACCGUUUUUUCUCUUCUUCUCAUCCAUUCAAUCCACACAGAAACUUAGGAAAUGAGGUAAGAAAGAGAGACGAAUCGAAAACUGAUGCAGAUUUGAAGAUGAACAAAAGGUUCCCACACUCCUUGAAGAAGCUGUAUGUUUAUCCUUCUCCUGAAUUGGAGUUGGAAGAAAUAAUGCCAAAAAUAGGUUCAUUGCCCAAUCCUACGGUCGGAAUGUUCAGAGAAAGAGUGGUCUUACCAGACAGUAGUAAUACCACUCUUUUUCUUUCUCUGAAUAGGUUCGUUGCUUCAAAACUGGCACGUGGGAAACAAUUGAAGGUCAAUUCCAAAGUCUCUAGGGUCUCAAAUUGGCGUGGUGUCAAAAUUUAGAAGAUUGGAUUGUGUCAGACAAAACACACUUUCCAGUUCUCCAAAAGCUUUGUCUAACUUUUGUAGAUCAAUUAGAGAAGAUCCCAUCAAAUAUUGGAGAUAUAGACACAAUGAAGUCAAUUUUUUUGCUACACUGCAGUGAAUCAGCGGUGGUGUCAGCUAAAAAUAUUGCAUAUGAUCAGGAAGAUUUAAAUGGGGAUCUUCAUGUUCGAGUUGAGGUGAAGAGGGACCAAGAUGAACUGAUGAGCUUGGUGAUACGUGCAUAUCUUUAUUAAUUAGUUAAUUAGUGAUUUGUCAUAUCUCUUCCAUAUAUGUUUAGGAUAUAUAAAUAGGUGUCAUUGUUAUUCCUUUCAAUGAACGAAUGAAUGAAUAUAUGAAUUUACGCUUUUUACUGUUUUAUUUUAUGCACUUUAUUUAAAGCUUGAGUUGUUGACGGGUUUCCGCCUCCCGGACUUCUUGUUUAUCGUCUCCAGCAUCGUGAUAAGGGAAAUACCCUUAUCACUUGGCAAGUUCCAACUUUGAAUUGUUGAAGAGCGCGGAAAAUGGCCGCGUUGAUGAAAUAAUAUCAAGCGUGAUAAGUAUGAUCGAUGAACAAUUAUUGGAAAGCUAAGAAAGCCCCAGCCUUGACGCAGAAAGUGUUAAGCUUGGCAAGUAGCAUCGAAGGGAUAGUAGAGGAACAAGCUGGGCAUUUAUACGGAGAAGAGUCUCUUGUAUGUUGAUAUUUAUGUCUAACACAUGAGUGUAAAGACUUCUCUGUUUUAUUGCAGAUUCAGUUUGUAUUGUUUGUGUCAGUAAAAGUUG